GUGUUAGGAGAACGUUUGCGGUCCGCUGCCACAUUCAUCGGAAAGGCUUAACCAUCCUAACGGAACCACUAUCUGGGGUUUAGUUUCCCUACCUAGGUACUUUAUUCGCUGAUGACAACGCUGAAGGUCCAUUAACUUCCACAUUACGUACAUAGCGCGACAUUCACACCACCUCAGCUUGCCUUAGGUACAUCCCUGCCUUAGCAACAAAGUACAAACGACGACCUUUCGAAAUCCUAAGCUAUUCCCAUCCCACAGACAUCCUCCCAUUCCAGAACAAAUAUCAAGGUAGCACACAAAGACGAGCGCAGCCAUGCCGAGCGAAAGGGAACUCCAGAUAUCGCCUAUUGUGCCGGAGUCGGUAAUGCACAACACAAAGGCUCUAUCGAACCUUCAGACCCUCACUGCUUCCAUAUUCGGCGCUGCGGCUGGCAUCCUAGGCCUUGAAUCCUAUAGUGGAUUCCUGUUCUACUUUGUCUUCACGAUUCUUACCACCAUCCUCUUCUACGCCGCCCACGUUGCGCCCACGUCCCUAAAAGCAGACCAUGGCCUAUUCGAUACGAGUAGAUAUUUUAGAAGCCAAUAUGAAUUUUGGGCAGGUGGUUUAUUCAAUGGGUUGGCGGGGUACAUAUUGACAUGGACUUUGUUCUAUGGUCUAGUAAGAGCUUGAUAGCAUUAUUCGGAUCUUGUGUUCAUGGGCAUUCUUUGGCGUUCGGUGGUAAAAUGUGUCUAUGACUAGUGUAUGAUAAAUAUUCCACUGCCCUCGGUCACUCAAUCGACACGCAUCAUGUCAAACAAAUUCAAGU